UUUCGUUAUGUUUCCGGUUGUCAGCUGUCAAACUAACCUGUCCUUUUCCUUUUUGACCCGUUCGGAGUAUAAUUCGUAUAAAUUUCGCGGGUGGAAAUUUUAAAAAUUUUCCCUUAAAAUGGGUUUUGUAAAAGUUGUUAAGAACAAGCAAUAUUUCAAGCGUUACCAAGUUAAAUUCAAGAGGCGACGUGAAGGUAAAACCGAUUACUAUGCAAGAAAACGUCUUAUCUUCCAAGACAAAAAUAAAUAUAAUACACCAAAAUAUCGUCUUAUUGUCCGUUUAAGCAACAAGGAUAUUACGUGUCAAAUAGCCUAUGCACGUAUCGAAGGUGAUAAAAUAGUUUGUGCAGCUUACUCGCAUGAAUUACCAAAAUAUGGUAUUAAGGUUGGAUUAACUAAUUAUGCAGCUGCCUACUGUACUGGUUUAUUAGUAGCCAGACGUAUUCUUCACAAGUUGGGUUUGGACUCUUUAUAUGCUGGAUGUACUGAAGUUACUGGUGAAGAAUACAAUGUUGAGCCAUUAGAUCAAGGUCCAGGUGCAUUCCGUUGCUAUUUGGAUGUAGGUUUAAGCCGAACCACAACUGGAGCUCGUGUAUUUGGUGCAAUGAAAGGUGCCGUUGAUGGUGGUUUAAAUAUACCACAUUCUGUUAAAAGAUUCCCAGGUUAUUCAGCUGAAACAAAAAGUUUUAAUGCUGAAGUUCAUAGAGCUCAUAUUUUUGGUCAACAUGUCGCUGAUUAUAUGAGAACUUUAGAAGAAGAAGAUAAGGAUGCAUUCAAGAAACAAUUCAGCAAAUACAUUGCUUUAGGAAUUCGUGCAGAUGAUCUUGAAGAAGUUUAUAAAAAAGCUCAUGCAUCAAUCCGUAGUGAUCCAACUCAUAAGAAGGUUCAAAAAUCCGGAAUAACUAAGAAGAGAUGGUCAGCUAAGAAGUUGACAUUAGAACAACGUAAGAAGAAGGUUGCUGAACAUAAAGCAGCAUAUAUAGCUAAACUUCAAACUGAAACUGAGGCAUAAAUCAACAUAAAUGUUAAUUAAAAUAGCCUUGGUUAUUGUUUGUUAAAAGAAAAUGAAAAAAAAAUAAAUUCAAUUUUACUAAAGCUAA